AUGGCCUGGAUUAUGCACUUCUUCAUGUUGACCCCCUUGACUACCCUUAUCAAUAGCCAUCACCUCACUCCACAACUUCUGUGCUCUCAUCAAAGUGGCCAAUGCAUUGAGGACAUCUUGCUUGAAUAUGAACUGGUUAUGGGAAUUCCAGAUCCCCCAUCACUUCCAGCGAUUGGGAGGUAUCCCUAA